AUGGAGGCCGAGAUAGAGAUCGGCUCAACGGCCGCGCAGGCCUUGCGAGACUCCUUUGGCGACCGUAAGCCAAUCGACAUCAGCCGCAAGAUAACCGCUUGCGUGGCCUGUCGGAAGCAAAAGAUCAAAUGCCACAUGACCGACGCUACGCCGCCCUGUACGCGGUGCAAGAAGCGCGGACUGUCCUGCGUCGUCAAUCGAAGUUUGCAGAUGCUCUUGGAAGGGGAUGUGGCCUGGAAGGCCAACAUCGAGCAGAAACUGCGACAGCUGGAGGAUAACAUUGGCAGACUCAAUCAACAGUGUCAGAUCACACCCUCGAAUGGCUCGACAUACCCAAGUCCCCAGAAUAGCCGCACCCCGGUUCAAAUCCCUAGCCAGGCUGAAAGUGCAAUGGCAGCUCCUUUGCCCCCUCCGCAACCGCAGCAGCCGCAGCAUCACAAUGAGCAAGGCUGGGAAGUUGUGAUGGAUCUCAACAGGGGUCCAGGUGUUGUUCCUGCAUCGGUCGUGUCUGAAGUCUCCGAUCCUUCCCCUGCAGCGCUUCGACAAAAUCCAGCCGACGAACUCGACGUGGUCGACCGUGGCAUUAUCAGCUUGGUCGACGCCGAGGCAUUCUUUACCCUGUACUACCAACGUCUGGACCACUUCCUGUACAGAAUUCUGGACGAGCACGACUCUCUGCCCAGCGUCAGGAAAAGCUCACCACUUCUGACUGCAGCAAUAUGCGCUGUAGGAGCUCUUCACACUCCUUCCUCCCGAUAUCAGGCUUGCUACCAGCACUUUGUCAACCUAGCCUCCACGCGAAUGUUUUCGAAAAGAAACAAUCACGAUGAUGUGCGAGCCCUAUGCAUCGGGGCCUUUUGGUUGAGUGACAUAUCGUGGACGCUGGUCGGCACAGCUGCCCGUCUCGCCGGAGAGCUAAAUCUACAUCGAUGCAUACCGAAGGCGCCACACAAAAAGAAGGCCUGUUACCUCCGCACUCGCCUGUACUAUCUUGUCUACGUCUGCGACCACCAUUUCUCAAUCACUUACGGAAGACCGCCGCUGACCCGCGACUUCAGCUCCGUCGCGCCGCCAAGCGAGUUUCUUCGAUCCGAGUUCGCCACCGAGGAGGAUGCCCGUCUCGUCAGCCAGGUGGAAAUUUGGUCCGUCAACACUCGCGUCUUCGACCAGUUCAGUCUGGAUCCCGAAGCCCAUCUUUCCGAUCAACUGACCCCGCAAAUCCGCCGGUUAAGCAUCGCCCUGGACACGUGGCGGGCGGAUUGGCAGGAGCGGUUUCAGUACAAUGCAUCCGUGGGCAAUUACCCGCGCAAGGGAGUCGGUCUGCAUUACCACUUCGCCAAACUCUUCCUUUGCUCCCACGUGUUCAGGCGAGCCCCUUCACCCAACGACGAGCAAAUGCAACUUGAUUCGGACCUGGAAGAAUUUGCAAACAUGGCCAUUCAUUCUGCCACGGCGAUUCUACAAGUCAUUGUGGCGGACCGGGAAAUCCAAUCCUAUCUCCAGGGCCUGCCUGCAUACUUUGAUACCAUGAUUGCUUUCGCGUUUGUAUUCCUCCUCAAAGUCACGAUCAAAAAUCCGGCCAAUCUCAGAAUUGACAAAGGACCAAUAACCGAGACGUUGGACAGCCUGGUGAAAGUGCUGAAAAACACAACAGCAAGCAUGCAUCCUCGGCACCUGUUGACAAGCAUUGCUAGCAGCAUCCAAAAGCUUCUUGACCGAUUUUCCCACAACACUCCUAGCCAAGAAGGAUCAUCGACACAGCCUGUAGCUCCACCUGGCCCGUCCGUCUCCUUCGAGCCGGAAAAUCAAUGGCUCAGUCCGACAGACGCAAUGUUCCUCGAGAAUUACGACUUCACGUACUCGCCCGGCGCAGAUUUCAACCUCGACUUUGACUUUAAUUCGAUGCAGGCACAUUGAAUCCCACCCUUUCGCAAGAAUGAAAAUCAGUAAUUCAGUAGUACAUCGAAAAUGUCGUAAUUAUGCCACUGUCGAUCACCAGUUUGCUCCUUCACCGGCAAGGAUCUCAGCAGAGGGAUCUCUUGCUCUGAGAGGCCACCAUGAGAGCGCAAUCGAUGACCUUUGAGAUUUGCGAGA